AUGCGCUGGAACACAACUCGCGUGAGCCAAAUGUCGCCAAAGAAAGUUCGAAAUCGAGUGGUUACACGUGAUCACAUCGCACAAUCGUAUGCGGAUAUGGGAUACGCUACGACAGCCGAGAUCUCUCAAAGGCAACAGACAACGAUGCUGCAGAUCUUCACGCACUCGAUCAGGAGAUUUCCAGAACUUUAUAUAACUAUUCACAAUUUCUGGUAA